AUGACGAGGAGAGCACUGGCGAGCACUGCUUACCGGGCUGCCGUGCGACCUUUCAAGCUAGCCGACAUCGGCGAAGGGAUCACAGAGGUCGAGAUCAUCAAGUGGUCCAUCAACGAAGGUGCACAUGUGGAAGAGUUCGAUAGCUUGUGCGAGGUCCAGAGCGACAAGGCCACUGUCGACAUCACUUCGCCUUUCAAAGGCACCGUGAGCCGUCUGUACGCCCAGCCUGGUCAGAUUGUCAAAGUGGGCACGCCCCUUUGUGACGUUGACGACGGCCAGACGAGCACCUCUACACCGUCUGCUGAGCCUGUUCCUGCACCAAGCGAACGACAGCCUAGCUCCCAUGGUUUGCUCGAGCAACACCUCGGCGAGCCCAGCCGAGUAACGCCUCUCAAAGAGAUCGACAAACAGCAUGCACUUGACCCACAGGACGCUUCCCAGGACGGGGCGGACGUACACAGCACACCCGCUGUCAGACGACUCGCAAAGGAGAGAGGCAUCGAUCUGACAAGUAUAGAAGGGACUGGCAAGGCAGGUAGGAUCACAAAGGAGGACAUUCUGAGAUCCAUGGAGCUGCCCGCAUCCACUGUCAUCGGCACGGCCCCAGAGGCGCCUCGAGAGACAGAGACAAUCCCUGUGACGGGCAUGCGCAGAGCCAUGUACAAAGCCAUGUCGAUGUCUCUCGCCAUACCUCAUUUCGCCUACAGCGACGAGCUCGACGUCACGGCCCUGGAGCGCGUUCGAACGCAGCUCAAAGGAUCUACAGAAACCAAGUUGACACUGCUCCCACUACUCAUCAAAGCGCUCGAUCUCGCCAUGCGUGAGCAUCCACUGUUUGCUUCGAGUCUAUCUGGCUCUGCUCAAGAGCCUAUGCUCCUCAAGCGAGCAAGUCAUGAUAUCUCUAUUGCGCUUGCUGCUCCUUCUGGACUCUACACGCCUCUCAUCGCAAAUGUAGACCGGAAAAACGUCAUUCAGAUCGCGGAUGAGGUUGCAGGCUACCAAGCCAUUGUGACCCACGCGGCUCAGAGCCGACCUGCUUUUACUCAAAAUAUGCUUCGGCCGGGCACGAUCACGCUCUCCAAUAUAGGGAGCGUAGGCGGCACAUACACCCAUCCCGUGAUACCGCCUACCGGUCAGCUCGCCAUCGGUGGGCUAGGCCGCGCUCGCAUCCUGCCUCGCUAUGUCGACGCAGAUCAGACGACAGCAAAGCAAGCUGCUCUCACCAGCACCCUCGCCCCAGUACUCCCCGUGCCGCGUAUGGUCAUGUCAGCUUCUUUCACUGCAGACCACCGUGUCGUCGAAGGCGUUGAGCUCGCUCGCUUCGUCGACCGGUGGAAAUUCCUCGUCGAGCAUCCAGAGUGUAUGCUGCUCGAACUAUGCUAG